AUGCGACGUUCUUAUAAUCAUCCGCACCUUCCUUCUCACUGUCAAUCUCAAGACCCCAUCCAAGGGUUCGAGCCGAGACGAGAUAGUCUAGCUCCUGUACCUGCACAUCUCGAGCGGUCUGUUACACCUGAAUCAGUCCGAAUACUGAACCGGUGUAAUAAACCAGCAUUUUCUACCCCACAAGUGAUCAAGUCUCUGCAAAUUUCACCGAGCGGGCCAGUACCCAGGCGAAAUUCUUUCGAAGGUACACAAGACAGAGAACUUACUAACGCUAUCGAAGGGCUAGAAGACUUGGUCCAGGAAGCUGUCGAGGUGGCAGAAGAUGCAUCUGACCCGGAUCAAGUCAAAGAGGUCUAUGAUAUUAUCGAAGAUGCAACAAAUGCCAUCCGGCGAGCAUCCGCCAUGCCUGUGCGACAUCUAAUGGCCAGAAGCUCACCUCUUGUGCUAUCAGAAUCAUCUGAAGAGUCGAUGAUGGAUAACCCUCCAGGGUUUUUUUCAGACCGAUCUAGGCAAUCAGAAGCAAUUGACUGGGCAUACAACGAUGGCAAGCGCGAGCUGCGUCAACGUCCCUCAGCUUCCUUUGACUCUGAUACGGACGAGUUGGCUAUGCGAGGUUCUUCUAGGUUCAGCACUCGAAGCGAUCUGUUACUCCCACCGAAACCUACUCAAUCAGCACUGAAAGAGCAUGUUGACUUUGUUCUUCGUCCCUCGAUACCUAGGGAGCAGUCUCGUGGACGCUCAAGGCGGCGCAAGGGAAGUGUUUCGGACCUGAUAGGAAGACGUCACCACAUGUGUAGGUCCUUUAGGAGCCUUGAAGGUGGUUCCCGAGCACGACAUCGAAAGUACCGAUCGUCUAGUUUCAGCCAGGAUGAUACUUCAUACGACGAGGAAGAAACUGUGCGCUCCCAGUCGCGCCCCCAGUCAUUCCGACGAAGAAAUUACAGAAGUGAACUCAGCAUGCGUGAUCACAUGCACUAUCACACAUUCAGUCUGCGUCGGAAUCAUCGAAGGCAACCGAUUGCACGGAAUUGGGCCACUGGCAAGAAACGAAUCACUGCCACUGUUGCCUGUAUUAAUACUGCUUUACUGGGUAUCAUUGUUGGUAUAUAUGCAGGUGAAGUGCCGCGCAUCCAGUACAUGCUGGCCGAUGAGAGACAUCACGUAAUUGUUGGCAACGUCGUUCUCUAUUUUGGUCUCGCCAUCUCAACAUUUGUCUCCUGGCCACUCCCUCUUCUCCAUGGUCGUAAGCCUUACAUACUCGCUGCGCUGGCCCUUGCAAUGCCAUUGCAAUUUCCACAGGCAAUUGUCGUCGGCGCUAGGCGAUCUCCCAAGAGCCCAAGUUUCAGAACCGGCCUGUUUGUAUCUCGCGCCUUCACUGGAUUGGUUCUCGGUUUUGCAAACGUAAAUUUCCUCACUGUACUUUUGGAUCUAUUCGGAGCCUCCCUCCAAAGCAAGAACCCUCAUCAAGAAAUCGUCGUGGCCAACGACGUCCGUAGACAUGGCGGUGGCAUGGGUCUCUGGCUCGGCGUCUGGUCUUGGUGCUGGAUUGGCUCUCUUGCGGUGGGCUUCCAAGUCGGUGCCGGAAUCAUCGAAUCCCUCACGCCAGACUGGGGUUUCUACAUCACAGUCAUGAUGCUCGCCGGAGCCCUCUGUCUCAAUAUCAUCGUCCCCGAGACUCGUCGUUCAGCAUACCGAAAAUCCGUUACCGAAGUCUACGACCGCGACGAGCAAUUCAUAACACGCCGCGUAGCUCGCGGCGAGAUCAAGCUACAUCUCUCCACUGAAGGACCCAAAUACUGGUUCGAAGAAGUCUGGGCCGGUAUGAAACUCACGACCAUGAUGAUGUGUCAAGCCGGCUUCUCUGUCCUGGCUUUCUAUCUUGGAUGGAUAUACGCGCAGAUUGUGCUCGUUAUCGUGCUCCUUGGGGCUCUCCUCUCGCGAGAAUAUAAGUGGCAUCCGCAGUAUGUCGGGCUCGGCGGAAUGUCCAUAGCCUUUGGCGCACUCCUCGCUGUGCCUUUGACAAAAGCUGGAUUAUUUUCUCGAGAGCGAAAAAGGCAGUUUAGAACCGAUAGCAUGACCUUUCAGAAACAAGUCACCUGGUCCUCUCACCUCAUUCGCCGCUGCAUCUUCACUCUCACUCUCCCCCUCAUGGGCCUCGCGUACACCGUCUCUUCUGCUGGUCGCCCGAAACCAUACAUGGUUCCAAUCGCGUUCGCCGCCGCAGUGGGCUUCUUGUCCAUUCUCGCCAUCGCCGAAUGUCACGGCCUCAUUAUGGAGACAUUCGACACCUGCGACCUUCAACCUGGCGUAAACACUCGCCACCGCCUCCAAAGCCUAGCUGCGCAAGAUAAACGCCGUCGAACAAACUACACCUCCUUCCCACGCGUUAGCGCUGGCAUCUUCGCGUCCCAGACGCUCGCGUUCAUCGGGGCAGCCGUGGCCACUGAAGUUGGCGGCAUCAUGACGCGACAUAUCGGCGCGCAGGCUUCUACGGGUGUGACGGCAGGGAUUUUGUUCGGACUGACUAUCUUGCUUACCGCGGUUUUGUGGAGGUUUAAACAGGUGCAGGUCAUUCCUAAUCAUACGUUCGGCACCAGAAGGGAUACGAAGGCGUGGGAGGAGUUCGGGCAGAUGGGUAAGGGGGAUUGGAAAGCAGUUAUUAUUGGGAAUCCGUCAGGGAAGAUGCGUAGGAUGAGUGUGUUAGAACUUGGGGGGCUGAGUCGGUGGACAGAGAUUAGGAAGUUGAAUUUUUUGAUCAGGGAGGACAAGGAGGGGGGAAAGAGGAGGUUCUAUUAA